AUCAUUUUUUCUUCAACAAGGACCAUCCAUUUGCUAUUACCUAUCAAGCUACAUACUCUUUUUUUUUUCUCUCUCUCCAAAACAUUUCUCAUCUCUCAAGAUUAUCAUUUCUUUUUCUUAUUGCACAAAACUAUAGUGUUAGUGUAAUUUAAGAAUUUGAAAUAAUAUUUUUCUCCAAUAUGUCUGAUAACACUUUUUAUCAUGAUUACAUGGGAAUUGGUGGAGGGAUCAAUAAUACAUUUCCUUUUUUUGGUGAAAAUCCUUCAAAUUAUAAUGACCAACCAAUAAUUCCAAAUAUUCAAAAUCCAAAUCAUCAACAAUUUGUUCCUUCUUCUUACAUGACUCUUACUGAGUGUUUACAUGGCUCUAUGGACUACAACACUCUAUCAAAUGCUUUUGGCAUGUCUUGUUCAUCAUCCUCUGAAGUUGUUCGUCCACAUAUCGAUAAUCAAGACUCUACUAGAAAAAGUAGUGUCUCUGCUACUAUAGAACCCGUUUUAGAUUUGCCUCUGGGAGAUAAAACAAGCAUUGAAAUUUCACCAACGCCAAAUUCUUCGAUAUCUUCUACUUCUAAUGAGGCUGGAGGGCAAGAAGAUUCUUCCAAAAUCAAGAAACAUGUUCAAGAAAAAGGGGUUCAACAAGAAGGAGAAGACAAGUCUAAGAAAGAGUGCAAAGAAAAAAAGAAAGGUGAAAAAAAGGUAAAAGAACCAAGAUUUGCCUUCAUGACAAAGAGUGAGAUUGAUAAUCUUGAAGAUGGUUAUCGAUGGAGAAAAUAUGGACAAAAGGCAGUGAAAAACAGCCCUUUCCCCAGGAACUAUUAUAGAUGCACAACUCAAAAGUGCAAUGUGAAGAAACGUGUGGAAAGGUCAUAUGAAGAUUCAUCAAUUGUGAUAACAACAUAUGAAGGCAUACACAAUCAUCAUUGUCCAGCAACUCUUAGGGGAAAUUCAUCCUUUUUAUCUUCCUCACAUUUUAUGCCUAAUUUUCCUCCACAAUUAUUUUCCCAAAUGCUAAAUAUUCCACCUACCAACCAAAAUCUCCUCAUUACUUCUGCGGCCUAUGAUAAUAAUAAUAAUAAUAACAAUUAUUAUUACCAACAACAACAUCAAGGUUCAGAAUAUAGCCUAUUUGGUGGAGGCACAAAUAAUGAUGCAUCAUGGAUCCAAAAACAAGAACCAUCUUAGCUCACUACAAGGUUUUCGUGGCGAUUGGCUCACAAAGGUCGCGACUAAAGGUGGUACUUUUAGUUUAGUCGCCACAGAAAGUUAACAAUCGCACAUCUUGCAAGGACACAAAUUAGAUUCUCAAUUGAAUGUUUUAAUCUGAAGCAUUCAAUGAGAAUCAAAAUUGACUUAGUCGGAUCUUGUCAGAAAUAUUAUCUUCUCUAGUGGCGACUAUAUACCUUAUCCGCCACGAAUUUUGUACAAGUUUCUUGUAGCAUUGACUAUUUUUAUAUAUACCUGGUUGAAUUUAAUUUGGAUUUCAUGGUGA